AUGGUAUUCAAAACCCUUGUCCUUUUACCUUUCCUAGUACUUGGUGUUCUAUCUGCAAGUUCUAGCUUAAAAGAUGAAGUUGAUGCUUUGGAACAUUUCAAGAACUCAAUCACAGAUGACCCAACUGGUGCACUGCUGGAAUGGAAUGCUGAUUCCACCCACUACUGCAACUGGACCGGAAUCCAAUGUGAUGAUGUCUCACAACGUGUAGUUUCCAUUUCUAUUCAGCAAACACAGCUCAAAGGCCAACUCUCUCCUUUUCUUGGAAACCUUUCCAACCUCCAGGUUCUUGAUCUAUCUUACAAUUCUUUUACUGGAAACAUUCCUUCCCAGUUGGCAUAUUGCACACAACUUGCUGGACUUUCCCUUUACACCAACUCUCUCUCUGGGCCGAUUCCAUCGGAACUGGGAAACCUCCGGAAUCUGCAAAUACUUGACCUUGGAAACAAUUCGCUAACUGGAAUUAUUCCGGAAAGCUUGUGUAAUGUCACUUCCAUGUUAGAACUCAGCCUUGAUGACAACAAACUCAAUGGUACAAUCCCGGAGAGAAUCGGUGAUUUGAUCAAUCUUCAGCAACUUGGAGCUUAUAAUAACCGUUUACAAGGCUCAAUUCCUACUUCUGUUGGUAAUCUAAAAAAGUUGAUAGCUCUUGACUUCAGUCAAAACCAACUUACUGGUAUCAUUCCUAGACAGAUUGGAAACUUGUCAAAUUUACAAGCUCUUCAGUUGUUUGAGAAUUCUCUUUCUGGAAAAAUACCAUUUGAACUUGGCCAUUGCACCAAUCUAUCACUUCUUAAUUUAUACAGCAACAAGCUCGUUGGAAGUAUUCCUCAUGAGAUUGGAAAUCUCAUGGGCUUACAAGUUUUACGGUUAUAUGAUAAUCAGUUGAAUUCCACAAUCCCAAAUCCGUUAUUCCGAAUAAAAUCAUUAUUGGUUUUGCAACUAUCAGAGAAUAAUCUCAUAGGGAAUCUUUCUUCUGAUAUCAGUUCACUGAAAUCAUUACAAUCUCUUACCCUUCAUCAAAAUAAUCUUUCCGGGGAGAUUCCAACAUCCAUAACCAGGUUAGUCAAUUUGACAUAUUUGACAAUUAGCUUAAACUUUCUCACGGGAUCAGUUCCUUCGAGUAUUGGGUCUCUUCAUAAUCUUAGAAAUUUGUCUCUUAGUAACAAUCUUCUAGAAGGGUCUAUUCCAUCAAGCAUCACAAACUGCACUAAUAUCCGUUGGAUAGAUUUUGCUAGAAAUAGGAUGACAGGAGAAAUGCCUCAGGGUUUAGGGAAGUUGUCAAAUCUUACAUAUCUAGUUGUUAGUGACAACAAAAUGUCAGGAAGAAUCCCUGAUGAUCUCUUCAAUUGUUCAAGUCUUGUGAUCUUAGAUAUGGCACAUAACAAUUUCACUGGGUUGUUAAAACCGGGUAUUGGAAGACUUUCUAAUCUCCAAAUUCUGCAAAUUCAUGGCAAUUCCUUUUCCGGCCCCCUCCCAGGAGAACUCAGAAAUCUAACUAGUUUGAUGUUGUUAAACAUGGGACAAAACCACUUUUCGGGUACGAUUCCUGUAGAAUUCUCAAACAUUUCUUCCCUUCAAAGCCUUUCGCUUGGUAACAAUAAUCUUCAAGGCCAGAUUCCAGAUGUAAUCUUUGAGCUCAAACAGCUUACAGAACUAUACUUGAUGAACAACAAAUUUGUGGGUUCUAUUCUGACUUCUGUUUCAAAGCUUGAGCAGCUUUCUCAGUUGGAUGUAAGUGGAAACAGGUUUAACGGCUCAAUCCCUGAUAGUAUGAGAAAACUUAACAAGUUGAUUUCGAUAGAUCUCUCACAUAACUUGUUCACAGGGUCUAUUUCAAGGUCUGUGAUUGGAGGUAUGAAAAAUACACCGAUCUUUCUCAACUUCUCCAACAAUUUUCUUACAGGAAGGAUCCCAAAUGAAUUAGGCGAGCUGGAGAUGAUACAAGCCAUUGACAUCUCAAAAAAUAAUCUGUCAGGAGGGAUUCCGGUGACGCUUCAAAGAUGCAGAAACUUGAGAAGUCUUGAUGUGUCUGGAAAUCAGCUUUCUGGUAGUGUUCCAGAAGAAAUAUUCCCUCCUCUCGAUCUGCUUUCCAGCAUAAACUUUUUCAAGAAAUCAGUUUGA